GACCGGAGGAUCCAGGAGCUGUGUUGGGCCCCAGCGAGCCUGGACUCAGUUGGCCACGGACGGCAGUGGUGAGUGGAGGUGUUGCGCUGCCCUGCCGCUCGUGUCCGUGACAUUCCCGCAAGAACCAACCCCAACCUCGAGUACGCUGUGCAGAACCCAGUGAUUUAUUCCAAACUAGUUCUCAAAUGCCACGUUACUCUGAUGUGCCCUGCACACAACACAAUAGAUGGAUUCAUGCAGAUUUGUACACACAGCCCCGUAAAUAAUUGAACACUGGCAGAAAUACGAAUCCAGCUGGUUUAUGCUGACUGAAGAGCCGAGUUUGGCGUCACUUAGCAUGUAGUCUACGGAAAUUGCUGCAGCUCCUGGCCCUCUGAUUAAAUACCCAUACAAGAGACCUGUAGUUCCGAUCACCCUAGGUAUGGUGGCCUGGUGGCUGGCGUGGGCGUACCUGCUCGACCUGGUACGGGCGUUCUGUCCCCCCGGCUGCACCUGUGAUGACGCUGCCCCCAGUGCUCGCUGCGUGGGCGUGGGUGUCAACGUAGUGCCUAUCCUCUUCAACCCAGGCUUGCGUCGGCUUAACCUGGCCCGUAACUCCAUCAGCUCCGUUGACGAAGCUCUCGUCUUCCUUGACAAGCUCGAGGAACUCGACCUCUCACACAAUCUUCUAAUUUCUGUUGGAAGUGGGAACUUCAAGGCGCAGUCUGCUCUGUUAGAACUGCGCCUGGCCCACAACAAUCUCACUUCCCUUACCACUGGGGCCUUCAGGGGAUUAGUGGAUCUCUCCACUCUUGACCUGAGCCACAACGGCCUCACUGACCUGCCUGUUGGGGUCCUUGACGACCUGCCGCAGCUCACAGUGCUCCACCUGGCACACAACCGCCUACACCUGCUCACGCAACAUACAUUUCGUGGAGUGCACAAUCUUCUGGUUCUUGACCUGUGCGACAACUACUUCAGACACGUGCCAGCAGUGGCUCUGGAAGAUCUGUCUUCCCUUAAGUCUCUACAUUUGUGUCGCAACCGUCUCACCCGCCUCGACUCCCUCGCUUUCCCUACUGGUACACUCAGCUUUCUCUCUCUCGACACGAACAACAUCGACUACAUAGACGAGAGAGCAUUUCACCGCCUGCAACAAUUGCUCAAACUAAACCUGGAUUGCAACACGCUUCACGAGGUGCCGACGAAGGCCCUGUCUUCAUUGCCUACUCUAAAUUUUCUUUCCUUAAGUAGAAAUAAGAUAAAAAAUAUCGGCCCAAGAGCUUUUAAAGGCCUAGGUCGUUUAUCGACGCUGGAGAUAUCACGGAGUCUCCACCUGGAGAGCGUUCACCCACUGGCUCUUGACGGAUGCGGAGAUCUGCAGACGCUUACCAUCUCCCACAACCCACUCCUGCGCCACCUUCCGGAGGGCCUCCUCACCUCUCUCCACAACCUGCGCAGCGUCGACCUGCGCGCUAAUGGUUUGCAGUCUCUCCCGGAAGCGGAAGUUCCAUGGAGUUCCUUGAAAAAGAUGGAUCUUCGAGACAACCCACUGGUGUGUAACUGCUCCCUGCAGUGGUUGGCUGAGCUCCUGGGAUCAACCAACACAUCCUUGGCUGCACCUGACCUUCAGUGCGCCGCACCUGACAAACUCAGGGGACUCUACCUAUCCAGGUUGGUGCCCAGUGAGCAGCUGUGUGGAGAGAAGGUACAGGUGGUGAUAGGCAUUGUGGUGGUGACAGCUUCGACAGUCCUCAUCCUCACACUCUCUCUCCUACUCUGCAGGUACUGGCGGCGACAACAGAGAGCCAAGUUGGGUGGCGGAUGGCCUCCUGACCCCCUCGCUCCGUGGCCUCCACAGGGGCGUCCGCCCCCCAACAGACACGUCAUGGCGGAGGAGUACGUCUACCAUACCCCAGCCUCCAUCACCAAGAUCCCUGUCACCAAAGUCUAGAGCCGCCAUUAUUUCUACGUUCGUGUGUGAAGGAUGAGUCCCUGCCCGAGCAUCCAUCUUCCUGACCUACCUUCAGAGCGUUGGGGGAUGGACAUUAUUAUAUUUAUACAGUGCAUGGAGUUGUGGAGGCUCGAUCCUCCGUCCGUUAAUACGCAAAAUAGCCUCUCUACUCUCGUAGACAGACAUUUGCUGGAGGUAAACAGAACUUCAAUUAAGAGGCUUGGCAAUGUCUAGUGUGCUCAGUACCUGUUAGAAUCCCAAAAUAAAAUGUUAUGAAGGUAGUGAGUAUAUACACAUGUGUGUGUCCAUAUUAACGUAAAUAAUCUUGCAUUAUUAUGUAUAUCUAUAUAUAUACAUUCAAGUUGAUGCAGUUAAACAACUCAAAUUACAAAAAAAAUGUGUAUUAUACACACACACACACACACACACACACACACUCUCUCUCUCUCUCUUUUUUAUAGUUCGUUUUCUUUAAAUUGUUAGUAGUGACGUGAUUAACAUGUUUUUAAUAAUAAAUGAUUUUUAUACACAUGACUUACACUAUCAUCUGGUCCCACUACACUCAGCUGGAGUCUUCAAAAUAUCUUACGCUUAUAUUCUAAUAUUGUGGUUGUUUAUAAUGCUUCUAUUAGUUGCAAAUUUGCUUUCAAAUGCACCAGUCAACGCAAAUCAUCUAUACGAUUAAACAUUUCUUUUUUUUUCACUUUGCAUUGUAUUGUUAAUGUUAAAAAGAGCGAUCUCAUAAAUAAACUAAGUAAGGAUAUGUAUGUAGUGAUGUGUUCCUUGGCUAGAGGGACUCCCUGUAUGAACACGUCCAGAACCCUUCCCAUCCCCUCGCUAGACUGUAAGUUUGUAGUGGUGAACUUAAUCCUCAUAUGAGUGAGUCAAGCUCUGGUUAUGCUGCAGGAUAGAUACUAGUGACGGUGGAAAUACCCGCACAUAGAGGGCAGCCAUACCCCUGGCUGCUAUACUGCAAGAUAGUCACCACGGUAACCCCCAGUAUGCCUGCGUCCAGGACUCUCCCUCACUAUUUUUUCUUUCAGGAUACUAGUGACGGAGGAGGUUUUUCGAAGAAGUUUUCAUCAGACUGUUGAGGUUGUCACUGUCAAAACUGAGUGAGACGUGAUGACUGACACUUGUCUUCUGAUAUAUUAUAGCCACGACACACUAGUUUCAAUGUUACUUUGUCUUUAUAUUACGAUUUUAUUUGUGAAUAAAUUGAUUUUUAUAUAGAUCAGAGACAAAUAUAUGCACCUGUGUGUUUUUUAGCCAUGUACAUUCAGGCAUGGUAGAAAUGGUAUGUGAUACAGACAGGUUGUUGAAAAAAAAAUGCGAACAUUAGGACAUUUCUGACUCAAGUAAUCGUAAUAACACGAGUGCCUUAAAGCUUAUAGGCCGGUGCAUUAACUGGCUGGCCGAGUAGUUAACACACUGGCUUUUGAGUUUUAGGACACGCUUGCCAUGGGUUCAAACCUCCACCUGUUUCAUGAUCUAUUUACUAGGGCAUUUCACUGGGAACGUUUGAGUCGUGGGACCUCGUUGUUGCAGUCAAAUUACUGAUGAGGUCGACUCUUCAGCAGAUACUCGCGCAUAUAUACUCUCUCCUUAAUCAUCAUGCACUCACAGUGCUGACUCUAAGUACCACUCACACAAUGCUAACUACCUGAGCCGGGAAGAUACAGCUCCCAGAUACUCUCGGUCACAGGGCCGAAACGUUGCCAAUGAAAAUGUUCCAGUGUUUGCAUUUUUAUGUCUUUAUCCAGCAUUCAUGACCUCUCGUUGGGCUUAUUUAUGUAACUGCAUUCACCCUAUCAGUCUAUUUUGCCGGAUAAAACGGAGUAUUGUCGACUGAUGCGAAGACAGACACGGCUGCAGAACAAGCUUUGAUUGAGACAACGUUACGUCAUUCCCUAAUAAAAGCUUUUCCUGCAUCUUAUGUCGUAAUUGCUUGAUAGGUGUUGUUCAGUUUGGCACGAUCCUCCAGUCAACUUUGUAACAGCAUCAACCCUCAUGCAACCUCUGUGUCAACCAUAUUCAACCGGUGUGCUAACCGUGUGUUAACCGUAUGUGCUAGCCAUGUGCCACCUGUAUACUACCCGUAUAAUGCCCGUAUACUACCCGUGUACCACUCAUAGUACGUGUCAUUGCCUCCAUUUUUUUUCACCGCUUCGUUAUUGCAUAGUGGGUUAGCUUCAUGAGAAUUCGCUUUAUGCGCCAUCGGCCAGGAACGCAUCUGUCGCAUAAAGCGAGGGUUCAUGUGAGGCGCAACGCUCGUGUGGGUCUCAGCGCAUGGAGUGGUGGAGACUCGACCCUCCGUCCACAGAUAGCGAGAUAAACUGUUCUCUCGCAGCAUGGCUAUCACCCCAUCCUGCCACCUCUCACAGCCUCAACAACCCUCCAAGCUGAUCUCAAGCGAAGGAAAUCACUUAUGGCUGCGUUUUUUGAGAACCUUAUGCCCUUGGAUAAGCUCCCACAGCCCCCGAAGGAGAGAGAACUGCAGCUUACCUAGGGUAAGCUCCAACGAAGCCGCUGGGAAAGCCACCUCGGUGAUAGCCCUCUGACAUCUUCCCCCGUGAGAAGCUGUACAACUUUACGGGGACGACAUUUUGGCGAGACUGACUCACUCUGUGGCUAAUUACCGGAGAGAAGCGAUAGCCGAGGUGACACACCGUGGGAGGUGACACCGCCCACGACCACACCUUGUAAGUUGGCCUGCAGUCAUGCAAUAGAAUUUCACAUCUGAGCAUUCCAGUUUUCUCAUACAGUGGCAAGGUGAUUAUUAUUCUGAGAAAUUACAGCGUUAAGUAGAACAUCUCGAGAAGUGGACUGUUAUAAGGUAAGAUAAGAUUUUGUUCGGAAUUUUAAUCCCGGAGGGUUAGCCACACAGGAUAGCCUAAGAAAGGCAGUGCGUUAUCGAGGGACUGUCUGUCUUGUGUAACAAUGUAUCGAAGAAGAAGAAGGAAAGAAAAUGAAAGAAGAAACAGAAGAAAGAAAAUUAAUGAAGAAAAAGAAGAAAAUGAAAGAAGAAAGAAGAAAACUUUAUUCGGAUUAGUAACCUGGGAGGGUUAAAUAACCUAGGAUAAUUCAAACUAAGGCGAGAGGCGAUUCAUUUCCCCUCGGGUCUAUCUGAAAGUCCUCCCAGAGGAUGAGAUCCACAAGAGUCGACUAACUCGUAGAUAUCUGUUUACUGCUGGUUUGGAAGGACGGAAGGUUUAAGGAGACUUAACAGUUCAUCCCGCCUCGUCCAGGGUUCGAUCCACAUACUUUCGGUUGGGACAAACGUGCUACGUACCAGUGUCGAAGUACACAAAUUAUCAGACUAGCAUAUGACAAACAACUUCAGUUAAUAUCUAACAAAUGUAAGAUGAAUUCCAGCGUCACAGUCUUAGACGUACUUCAUUGUGAAAAUCUUAGACGUACUCCAGUGUGAACAUCUUAGACGUACUCCAGUGUGAAAAUCUUAGACGUACUCCAGUGUGAAAAUCUUAGACGUACUCCAGUGUGAAAAUCUUAGACGUACUCCAGUGUGAAAAUCUUAGACGUACUCCAGUGUGAACAUCUUAGACGUACUCCAGUGUGAAAAUCUUAGACGUACUCCAGUGUGAAAAUCUUAGACGUACUCCAGUGUGAACAUCUUAGACGUACUCCAGUGUGAACAUUUUAGACGUACUCUAGUGUGAACAAUUAGACGUACUCCAGCCUCCGUCUCUUGUAUGAGAUACGAAUGAGCACUUAUCUAAGUGGUGUCCACCGAGGAAGUGUUUCUUCCACCACUUUAAAAAAAACUUGCAGGCAGACAGGUAAAAAGUAGUAAUUUAAGUAAUUGCUCGUUCAAGAAGACGGCGCAAUAUUCAUCAGCAGAGUAAACACAGUUAUUUAUGCCUCAGGAAAGUUUCUCUAUUAAAAACUUUUUGCCCCCUUGCAUGUGUCGCAGAGAGGGGAAAAUGCAGAUUUCCAGAUGAUGAUUUAGAGAGAACCUUGAUUACGAACGAGAGCAAUUUGUUGCUAAGUUGAUAAAUCUCUGUUGUAGACGUUAGAAAGAUGGAUGUAGUGAAGACAUGUCCGAAUCUGUAACUGUAGAACUUCAUGCUGAUGAAGAAGCGAGCUUAAUUUAGAAAAUUAAGCUUUACUCACACUGGUGAACCAGACGAAAUGCAACUGACGAUACUCUUGUAAUCAGACGAACCAAUUAUUGAGAUUAUAUUUAUGUAAAGUUUUAAACGCGCAACUAAAACCAAAUUCUCGUAGCCAGAUUUCCAUCCCAGAUGUUCCAAAUAAUACCACAGCUAGACCAGGUGACGAUGGAAUCCUGAUUCAGCAGACACAAGGAUUUCCAGCUUGAAAACGAAAUUCAUGCAGCAGAUCGUUGAUGCCGAGCAGUGCCCUUGAAGGCUCGAGUUGAGCUGAAUUGGUUCAUCACAGGCAAAGAGCUGGGGGUGUUGAUUCACUCAUGUUGAUAUCCAUUUGCUCAAUAAUGUUAGACUGUAAACACUAAGGUAAUGCUGUUCUGGUUCCCCGUGAUUGUCACAGCCAAGUCAAGUAGAUAGUGACCAAGUAGUUCGGAUGACGGUGUCCUGUCCAGUACUCUGCCACUUGUACACUACCUGUCUUAUACACAGUCUCACCUGUACACCGUCUGUCCCUGACACACCCUGUCUUACACACUACCUGCUUGUCUAACAUGUUACACAAGUAGCGGAGAACCUAUCAGGAGCACAAGCCUCCCUCAGCACCACUUGCACCAACACUCGUUUCAUCAUCCUUCUCUCUCCCACGCACACACACACACAUAUACACAAUAGCCACCUCUCUUAUGUACACUGUCCUCGGAAGCCAUCCAUAAGUUGUACUUUUAAAACGUAGCUCUUUACCCAACUAGUUUAGUGUCAGGCGACACCAAACUAGUUGGUACGACGCUCUUAUAAAUGCACACAAGUAAGGUGUACAUAACAACGGAGCAUUAAAUUAGGAAUACCGGCAAUAGGACACAAGAGUUGAUAAGCAUCACAACAGGUAUACUGACCCAUGCUCAAUGACUCCACCCUUCAGUGUGCUCACACAUCAGUAGCUCUCUCGCCAAAUGAGUACUUCCCCCCCCCCCACAUUGUUUAUAUAUCCGAAUUAAUCUACCUUAAAUCCGUCAAACUCAUGAGUAACGUUUGACGAAGACCUAAGAUUUCUUUCUUCUUCUUUUAGUUGGUCAAUUAUCUUCCUCAGCUUUUGUCAGAUGUAAGAAGAACAUCAUUCAACUGAGGCGAGAUAUUCUGGCUUAUAACACAGAGUAAGAACAUUGCUGUUAUCGUCCUCUGCUGUGUGUUGUUGCGUCCCAUCAAUACUUCAGCGUCUUUCACAUUCAUUUUUAUGGUUCCACUGUUCUUAUGUGCUGAAAUACUACAUCAUUAUUAUUACCCCCAAGUGUUACACUUGUCACAGUCGCCGCAUGGAAUAUUGUCGAUGCCAAGGCUCAUCUGGGUAUCUUCCGAAAAUCUUAUAUAUUGCUCAUAU